AGUCACAUUUGAGUGUUGAGGUCCAAACUCCACAACCAUGGCGGGAGCUUACAGCACUUCACCAUGUUUCGUUCGACCUCACGCUCUCCUUUCAAGGAAACCCCUUUUGCUAGCAUGUGCCGUAAUUACACUGCGCCCAAGAAAACUCACAAAGAGAAAAAACUAUCUCCGUCCAAAAAUACUCAAAACCCUAACUAAACCCUACAUAAACCCCCGAACUGAACCAAUAAUAAGUCCCCUUGAAACCCCAAUUCUACACACCCACAUUUUGCCUUCUGACCAAGUCGUCGGAGACGAGCUGAAACUGCAGGAAAAUCAAGAACUCCGGCUGCCGGGAGUUUCAGAGCCCGCCGGAGUUGUUAAUGACACUGCAGGUACUUUCUAUGAAACCCCACUUCAACAAACCCACAUUUUUUCCUUCGACCUAGCCGCCGGAAAUGAGCUGAACACGUCGGGAAAUCAAGAACUCCGGCUGUCAGAAGUUUCAGGCCCUGCCGGAGUUGUUAAUGCAUCUGCAGGUGUCUUUACUAAAAGCUCGUUACUGAAAUUUGGGUUGUGGGUAGUUGGAGCCUUUGUAUUUCAAACGGUUUGUGCUGUUUGGGUACUUGGUUCAGCUGAUUAUAGUGGAAAAAAUGGAACUUCGGAUCGUAAUGGCUAUAAAAAUGAAGUCCUGGAUUUGGAUUUGGAAGGUAAAAGUAAGCACAAAUUGAGAAUGUUUGUGAAUGGAGACGGAAAGCAAAAUGGUGAAAAUGGGGGUAUUGUAUUUGUGGAUGAGACUGAAAUGGAGAAAAAGAUAAAGGAAAUUCGACAUAUGGCAAGGGAGGCAAGAGAGAAGGAGAGGUUGGAGACGAAGGGAAGUAACGUCAAUAAGGAGAGCGAGGAUGAAGAAGAUAGUGAUGUUAAAAUUGGAAUAAAGAAGGAAGUUGACGAACGAUUAAUCAAGAUGAGAAAGAGACUGGAGAAGGGUAGCGACAAGCAGCCUGCAAAUUCUGUUACUUAUCCAAGGGUGGAUGUUGAUAAAAAUGGCAGGAAAGAUGGUGUUGAUUUGGAUGAGAAAGAGCUUAAUGCUGCUUUAAUAUUUAAAAGAAAGCAUAAAUUUAGAGAUUUCGGCAGUAAGCCAAGUAAUAAACCAAAGGGUUUUGUGCCCCCUGAACAUCCAAGUGCUGGUACAAUUGGAGAAAAAACCGCGGAAGGCAGCACUGAAGUACUGAAGAACGGAAAUGGAGAAGGUGGGGUCGAUGUGUCAGGCGAUGAUGAGGUAGACCUGUUCACCCUUGAUUCUCACAGAGGUGCUAUCAUGAAUUUUGGUGAAAGCAUAGAGAGAAAAGAGAACACUGAAGAGGCAGAAUCCGAAACACCUGUACAGAUGAAGAAAUCAUCCGAAAACAACCUGAGGCGGAAAAAAGGAAGGAGUAUUAAAAAAGUUGAAGGUGGAAAAGUUGAUGUUGUCAAAUCUGUCAAGAAGAACUCAUUGGAGACGAGAGGGCGGAAGAAAAAAAGAAUUGCAUCAGACUUGGAGGAAUCUGAACCAGGAAUCGAUAUUUCGGUAGAUAGAAAUAAUGGGAGCAGUUUGUUUGAAGCUGCAAACUCAAAAAAACCAAUUCAGGAGACAGGAACUAUUUCAAAUACUGGAAACACUUUGGUUGAAGUUGUGGACUCAAAAGAAUCACAUAGUAUGAAGAGUACUACAACAAUGAACAGACACAAGAAGUCAAAUCGAAAUGGAGCUUCAAAGAUGGAGGAGGUUAAGGAUAAAAAAGUAGUGAAACCAAACGGGGGUAUGAAAUCAGGAAAUGAUACUGACUUGUGGUGGUUCAGUCUUCCUUAUGUUCUUGUAUGUAUAUGGGAUCUAUGAUCACUUCUUACUUGUUUGUUUUCGACAGCUUGUAUUCCCACUAUUUGUGGUUCUAAGUAUUACAGCAAACUUGGUGAUGUCAAAAGAAAAAAAAAUGAUCUGAGCCCUGUUUAGAUUUUGAAA